CACACACAAACGGUAUAUACAGCAUUGGUAUUUUAAUUUCUAGGACCCAUUGACUCUAUGGUCGUGUUUCCGUUUUGUUUUUAAUUAAGAAGACCGUCUCGAAAAUGUGUUUUGCCAACAAAAUAUAAUAUCGAAAUAAUACAUAAAAUAUCAUUGAGUGGAGGACGGAUCCUGGGAUAUCAGUGAUAUCAAUCAAGGGGGCUGGAAAAAUGGAAACUGCGCCGGAAUAUUCACUUUUUCUCAUAAGGAUCUUGGAAGAGCUGGAUGCAAACCACAGCACGGUUUCUUACCAGGAUCUGUGCAAACUGCUGUGUGCUCGGUUUGACUUAACUCAUCUGGCAAAGCUGAGAAGCCUCCUCUUUUACACAGCUUGCCUGGACCCUAAUUUCCCAGCCACUCUGUUCAAAGAGAAAUUGAGGUGCACAGUGGAUGACCAACAGUCUAAGAAGAUCAUGGUCGCCGCUGAUAUAGUCACCAUGUUCAACCUGAUCCAGAUGAACGGCGGGGCUGCUAAGGAAAAACUGCCUCAUCGUCGCCAGCAUAAGGUUAGGAGAAAUGAGUCUUUUGAAUCGUGCCGCUCAGACACCGAAAUCUGCAGAAUCAGGUCGAUGGAUUAUGCAUCCAAAUGCAGCUCUGUGGACAGGGACGAGUGCAGUGAUCACUCCACAUCCAGAACUUCCACUAUUUGCACCACAUCCGACUGUAAGGACUGCCAGAGACUCAUCUGCACUUCUGACCCCAAUUUCUUCUUGGAAGUCAGGGAUGAGGGGCUCGACGGCGACAAGGGCCGAGCAGCCUCGCUUGACCGAUUGCAGAGGUCGCCAACUUUCAACUGCAUCAACCCGCCGCCAUGUGUCAUGCAAACCACCUACUUCCCCAUGGAUCCGGACCAGGAGUCCCUGUCUGAUCAGGACUCCCUGCCCAGGAAAACUGACAGGAAUGGGACCUUUGACUCGAGCGAUGAGCCUUUCAUCAUUAACCCCUGCUUGCAAAGCAGGACCGUGUUCAGCGAUGAACUCCAGGACCUCCUCCCCUGCGUUCCUAAGUUGAUCCCGAUUAGGAAAGAUUCGGAGGAUGAGUAUCAGGGGCCCCACACUCGAAAGAACGGCCCACGUUUCUCCAGCUUUUUCAGCAAUAGCUUUGAAUUGCCGUACAGCAACCCUUACUGCGAUUCGGUGCGAUCAACCAGUCAAGAAAAGAGGUACGUCAAGCACGAGAGUUUGGACGAUCUUCAAGGAUCUACCUACUUUGGGCCAAGCACCAUAGCGCAGGAGCCAAGGCGCUUUCCUGGGAAGCCAAGCAAGCAAUCAGCCUGGCCCGUCAAGAGCUGGAGCCUCAACAACGAGGAAGUUGAGGACUUCGACAAAUCUUUCUUCACUGGAAAAGCCAACGAGAAAAGCCACGGUUACCAGAGCGGUGCCAAACAACAGGAGUUGGUCACAGGCGGUCGGCAGAGACUGGGCAAGGAGUUGAUCAGCACCAUGGACAGAGCCCAGCCCCAGUCUUACCAGCGCCCCAAAGGCAAGUCCAACCUCAAACAACAGGCUGACAAACCCUAUGGGCGUCAGGCCAACGAGUACAGCAAGCCCCAAGCAGACUUGGUGGGGCAGAGCUCCAGGGAGAACCCGAGGAAGCUGAAGGACACGAGCGUUAACUGCAUCUCACAGAUCCUGAAUUUUGACCACAGCUCCAGCGUGGGCACUCAGACCGACCAGGCGGCGCGCCGCAAGCGGAAAGACGCGGGCAGCGUCGGUCACGGCAAAUAUGGGGAGAAAGUGCCCCUCAAGCAGUCCGACGAGGAGGAGUCGGAAGGUCUGAGCGACGACAUCAGUGACAUUUUCAGGUUCCUGGACGACAUGAGCGUCAGCGGCUCCACGGGGCUCCUGCAGUCCUGCUACAACAGCAGCGGCUCGCUGUCCCGCCUGCCCAGGUCUGACUGCGAGAGCACCCCAGAGCGCACCCCGCAGCUCAGGGUCGGGCCGGGCGCCUCUCGCAAGGACCUGUUGGACAGGGCGCGUUUGGCCCACGACCAGCCCGGCGGCAGGCCAGGCGAUCCCGGCGACGAGGAGCUGAAGAUGAGCGUGUGCAAACUGGUGCUGAGGAUCGGCGAGAUCGAGAGGAAGCUGGAGAGCCUGUCCGGUGUCCGAGACGAGAUCUCCCAGGUGUUGGUCAAGCUGAACAAGCUGGACGAGAAGAUCCAGGAGCCGCAGCCACCGCCACCGGCGCCACUGACACUGGACAAGUUCAACAGCGAGGGUCAAGCCGAGAGCCACGGCCACAACCACAGCUCCUCUCCAGGCAAUGCCCAGCGCCAAGCGUCCGAGACGGGGGUCAAGGCGGAGAGCGCCUGCCAGCGCCCCAGCUCCGACACCAGCCAGAGCAAUAGUAACAGCGCCAGCGCCAGCGCCAGCAACAGCGAGAGCCUCCGCAUCAAAGCCCUGAAAAAGAGUCUGUUCGUGCGGAGGUCGUCCAGGUCUUUGACCGAGGAAAACAGCAACACCGAGUCCAAGAUCGCCAGCAUCUCCAACUCCCCGCAUGACUGGAGAGCCGCGGGUUACGCCAAUGAGUCGGUUAUCACACUGGAGGAGAGCAAAGCUCGAGUGCAGGCAGAGUGUAAGGACUGGCACCGGAAAUCCAGAGAGACAGAUAGGCGAUAUGUAAUUUCACAGUCUCACAAACCGUCUAAGCCAGCGAAAGAUUCCCUUCUGAUCGAACAAGUCUUCAGCCCACAUGUUUACCCCAAUUCCAUGAAGUCACACAUGAAGAGCAAUCCACUGUACACAGAUCUCCGACUGACAGAACUGGUUGAGCAAAAGCGCCCUCAUCCAUCAUGGACAAUUGAAGAAUACAACAGACAUGCAAGUGAUAAAGCAAAGUUAGCUGCUUUGGAAAUUCAGAACCAAGAAUCCUUGAACCCAAAUAACUUGGAAUACUGGAUGGAGGACAUAUAUACACCAGGUUAUGAUUCCUUGUUAAAACGUAAAGAAGCUGAAUUCAGAAGAGCAAAGAUCUGCAAGAUGGCUGCCUUAAUUGUCGCAGCAGUUUGCACUGUCAUUCUGGUAAUUGUCGUCCCAAUUUGCACAAUGAAAUCCUAAUGCUUUUAUAUUCCGUCCAUUAAAUAAAGUGAUUUAAAAAACAGGUCUUAGAUGAAUAGGUGCAUUUUCGGUAGAGUUCAUUUUGUGUGUUGUGUAAGUGGGUUAACAAGAUUAGAUACUGGGCUUUUUAAGGUAAAUUUACAGUGAUAGAACAAAAUUAUUGGAAAAAUACCAAAAUUCCAAUUACUGGGACAAAGGUACUUUUUUUUAAAAGCCCUUUGAGAAACACAACACCCUUUUGACACCAAAAAAAUAACAGAUUUUGAGGGUUUUUUAAAAUUUGUUCUGAAAAUAUUUGGAAUUAAAGUGUUUUGUGGUUCAGUUUAUUUUGUGUUUUCAAUUUAUAACAGUCGGUAGUGGAAAUUUACAGGCAAUUGCUUUUCCAGCUCCAGAUUUUUAAAAAAAUCGUGCACAGUAUUUUGAAAGCUGUCAGUAUUUACAACAGAUAUAAAGGUAUCUGUGGAUUCUGACUGACUGAACUUUAAAAUCCGAGUUUUGAAUGGACUUGUGUGCCCAGUUGCCAUCAAUAUAAAAUAUUGCCUUUUACCUUAAUUCUUCUCAUUAUUAGACAUUUCUGAGAAUUUUAAAAUGUUCUAGUUAUUGUCUUUUGUUGCAACAUUCUGCCUUAAAAUACUCAAAUAUUGUUUUACAAAUAUAUUACAGAUGUUCUAUGCAUCUGCAGGUAUCAUUCACUACACAAAGGGUUACAAAGGAUAAUUGCUACUUCUUUUAAGGAAUGGAAAGAAACUCAGGGACAUUCGUAGCCUCCAAGUACACAAGUCAAUUCAAUUGUGUGAUUCAAGCUUCUUACAACUAUUAAAAGUUCCCUCUCCCACAACUGCAAUGUAAGAGAAAUAAAAGCAUUGAUUUAAUUUACUUUAAAAAGUUGUAAUCUUUGUUGUGACUUAUUUUAAAGUGUUAUUUAAUUUUUAUAUCAGAUUAGCGGUGUUGCAUAGAAGUCAUUGUAUAAAUUGCAGCAAUUUGAUGGCGUUAGGCUGGUUCCCAUGACCUGUAGCACUUGUAGUUAUUGCAUUCAGAUAUGCAUUUAUGCAAGAACUCAGGUUUGGGUUAAGCGCAUGGGUGAAAACAUCUUAAAAAUUAAAGCAACUCUUAAUGCUUAACUUUAAACUAAAUAAGUCGUCUAUUCUCCCAUCAAUUUUAUAGUCUGUGAGAAGACAUUGCUUUAUCCAUAAUACAGGCAAAACUCAACCAAUUUUGCUUGCAACACAUAUUGGAAAAUAAAAUUUCCUUGCAACUGUCAUCCUGAAAUAAUAUGAAAGUAUGUUUUAAAGUGUCUAAUCUUGUAAUCCCUCCUGUGAAAACUGUGAUGAUUAUAACUGAACUGAAUAAUUUUGUAAUAUAGUCACAAAUGAAUGUAAGCAAU